GCAUUUGGAAGAAACUCGUAUACCAGGGACUCAUGGGCCGAUCUAUCAUCCAAUCGGGCCAAACUUUGUAGGCCGGUCAGAAUCAGCCUAACGGUGAUCGUUAGCUAAGCCUCGAGGGGAGACGAGAUCACGCCGGGACGGACAAGCGCCGAUCUCCCACCACCAAACUCCAUGAGCGGCGGCGGCGGCGGCGGGCGGCGAGAGCGGGAGGCCGGCUCGGAAACCUCGACGGCGCUGUCCGUCCCGGGGCCCUGCGUCUCGACGCAGCGGGCGCUCGCUGAGUGCCACCGCAGCGCCGCCCGCGGGCCGAUGCAGCCGGAGGUGCUGUGCCGGCACCUCAACCGGGCGCUGGCGGAGUGUGUGUUGACCGCCUGCUGCCCCGGAGAGAUCGAGACCGUGCGCACCCUCUGCGGCAGCGCUGGCACCGCGCUGAAGCGGUCGCAGUGCCAGCGCGCGCGCAUCGACCUCUCCCUCUGCCUCGAGGCGCAUCAGGAGCCAUAAUCUACCUCGGCAGUGAGCAAUUUCUUCCGGUAUACGGUUUGCCUUGACUAAUAUACCUCGAUGAGUCUGCAAAAUGUGAUAGGGUUUCGAACACCUCCAUUCUGUACUACUAGAUUAGGAAAUAGUGUUGAAGGCAUAGAGUACUACAUAUCAAGAUAAGAGAAGGAGCAGGAAGGAACUCUGAAGAAAAAAAAAGUGUUUUCCCAUCGACAUAAUUUCAAUACCAAAUUCAUGUUUAUGAUUGUGAGUUUCUAUUUA